AGUUCAUACCCUGUUAUCAAUACGCGUUUUGUAUCCAAGUUGAUAUCUUACCUUAUUUUCUGCAUGUUUGUUUGGUGUCACAGUCAGAUCUGCAUCUGGUUUCUCGUGGGGUGCACAUCCAGACAUUCUCUCUGAUCAAUUUGGGACAAAGGCGUUUUUCUUGUGUGCCAAUUUGUGUUUAGUGUGCGGAAGGAGUGCUUCUGUGUUUAUCUGGGUGCCUGUUACAGUGUUUCAUCUUUGGACUUUUGAGUUCUGAUGUCCUUGUGAGCAAGAGAGCUUUGUUAUUUUGAGAAAGAUUGGGUCUUAGAUAAAGGAGGUAGGUGGGGCCAGAUAUGGCCUCUGGAGAAGGGAGGCGUCGUGGUCAUGAUCUUGUGCCUCUUGCCGCAUUGCUCACCAGAGAGAUGAAGAACGAGAAGAUGGAGAAGCCCACUAUGCGGUAUGGAUAUGCUGCUCAAUCUAAAAAAGGGGAGGAUUACUUCCUAAUCAAGACUGAUUGUCGGCGAGUUCCUGGGAAUUCUUCAGCAUCAUUUUCUGUAUUCGCGAUCUUUGAUGGGCACAAUGGAAAUGCUGCAGCCAUUUUUACUCGGGAGCAUUUGUUAAAUCAUGUGUUGGGUGCUCUCCCUCGAGGGCUUGGAAGAGACGAGUGGCUACAAGCUUUACCUCGGGCAUUGGUUGCGGGAUUUGUGAAGACUGACAAGGAAUUUCAGAGAAGAGGAGAAACUUCUGGAACCACGGCCACGUUUGUGAUAGUGGAUAGGUGGACUGUAACAGUUGCUUCUGUCGGAGAUUCCCGUUGUAUACUAGAUGUGCAGGGUGGUGCUGUUACCAACUUAACUGUUGAUCACAGACUUGAGGAGAAUAUUGAAGAGAGGGAACGUGUUACUGCAAGUGGAGGGGAAGUUGGAAGACUUAGCAUUGUUGGUGGUGUUGAGAUUGGUCCACUUCGUUGCUGGCCUGGGGGUCUAUGCCUUUCUAGGUCAAUAGGAGACAUGGAUGUUGGGGAGUUUAUAGUUCCAGUACCAUAUGUCAAACAAGUAAAGCUAUCAAAGGCUGGUGGGAGACUUAUAAUUGCCUCUGAUGGUAUCUGGGAUGCUCUAUCAUCUGAAAUGGCAGCAAAAUCUUGUCAUGGUUUGCCUGCUGAACUGGCUGCGAAGCAGGUUGUAAAGGAAGCACUUAGAACAAGAGGGUUAAAGGAUGAUACAACUUGUGUUGUAGUUGAUAUAAUUCCACCUGAUAAUGAAUUGCCACUGCCACUGCCUCCCCCCAAAAAGCGGAACAAGUUGAGUGCUCUUUUGUUUUGGAAGAGGUCUCGCAACUCGGCUGGUAAGCUGUCAAAAAAGCUUUCAGCUAUAAAUAUAGUGGAGGAACUAUUUGAAGAAGGAUCAGCAAUGCUCGCGGAAAGAUUAGGAAACGAUGAAAACUCAGGUCAAUCAACAUCUGGCAUUUUCGUCUGUGCCGUGUGCCAGGUUGACCUUGCUUCAAGCGAGGGCAUUUCGGUCCACGCAGGUUCCAUUUUCUCCACCAGCUCAAAGCCAUGGCAAGGUCCUUUUCUGUGUGCUGAUUGUCGCAACAAGAAGGAUGCUAUGGAAGGAAAACGCCCUAGUGGAGUUAAAGUGUCAUAGCUUACAAUUCAUUGGUUUACUUCUAUUCUUUAUGCCUUCAUUCUUUUUCCUCUUUCUUUUGUAUAGUUGUGUUGCCUAAUGUGCCACAAAAUACCUUUACUCAAUAUUCCUGUAAAUAGAUUUCCAUCACGUUUUCAACCAUGGAUAAAAAUCAUCAAUCCUUUAAUCUAUUGGUGAAGAGGGUGAGGUCUCUUUCACUUAAAAAAGUCCAUUAGUAUUCAAAAACUGAGAUUUUAAUGAAUUAUUUUGAAGAUGAA